AAUGCGCCUCGCGUGCUGCGUCCUGCCGCUACUGCCGCUGCUGCCGCCGCUGCUGCUGCUGCCGUCGCUGCUGCUGCCGAGCUCAGCGCUCGCCGCGAACGACACUGCCACCUGCGGUCGGGCCAAGCGCUCGCUGGCCUUUCCCAAGGGCAGCUCCUUCGUCCUCACCGUCACCCUGCUCAAAGCCGUGCAAGUGCGAGUGCCCAGCAACUGGAACCUGGACAUGGAGUUCGACGUGAGUUGGCCGAUACCCGCGGGCACGAGCGCGCUCACGGCCGGCGAGCGCCGGCGGCCGAGCCGCGGACGCCAGCCGCACAGACGCCAGCGACGGCAGCUGUACGCCAAUCUGGAGCUGGCGCUCGACAGCCAGGGACUGCCCGGCAGCCAGUGCGUCCUGCGGGCCAUCUGCGAGGCCAGAUUCAUGCUCAACCCGGCCGGGCUGUCGCUCGUCGAGGACCUGCUCCGAGUGGUGUUCAGUUACCCCAGCGCGUCGGCGUCGAGGAGGAGCGUGAGGGACGCCUACGACAACGCCUCCGUGACGAGGACCGACUGCGACCUCGCCUACCCCUGCCCGUUCUCGCUGCUGGAUAUGCUGCUAAAUUACCAAAAUGAUGUAUCGACAGGCAAAUAAAGUGGCCUUCGGGCAGACGCAC